GGCAGCGAGGAAGCCAAGGGCCGCUUCCGCGUGAACUUCGUGGACCCGGCCGCCUCCUCGUCGGCGGACGACAGCCUGUCGGAGGCGGCGGGGGUCGGGGGCGACGCGCCCAACGUGAGCUUCCAGAACGGCGGGGACACGGUGCUGAGCGAGGGCAGCAGCCUGCACUCGGGCGGCGGCGGCAGCAGCGGCCACCACCAGCAGUACUACUACGACACCCACACCAACACCUACUACCUGCGCACCUUCGGCCACAACACCAUGGACGCCGUGCCCAGGAUCGACCACUACCGGCACACGGCCGCGCAGCUGGGCGAGAAGCUGCUCCGGCCCAGCCUGGCGGAGCUGCACGACGAGCUGGAAAAGGAACCUUUUGAGGAUGGUUUUGCAAACGGGGAAGAAAGUACUCCAACUAGAGAUGCUGUGGUCACAUAUACUCCAGAAAGUAAAGGAGUUGUGAAGUUUGGCUGGAUCAAGGGUGUAUUAGUACGUUGUAUGUUAAACAUUUGGGGUGUGAUGCUUUUCAUUAGAUUGUCAUGGAUUGUGGGUCAAGCUGGAAUAGGUCUGUCAGUUAUCGUAAUAGCCAUGGCUACUGUUGUGACAACUAUCACAGGACUAUCUACUUCAGCAAUAGCUACCAAUGGAUUUGUAAGAGGAGGAGGAGCAUAUUAUUUAAUAUCUAGGAGUUUAGGGCCAGAAUUUGGGGGUGCAAUUGGCUUGAUCUUUGCAUUUGCCAAUGCUGUUGCUGUUGCUAUGUAUGUGGUUGGAUUUGCAGAAACAGUGGUGGAAUUGCUUAAGGAACAUUCCAUACUGAUGAUAGAUGAAAUCAAUGAUAUCCGAAUUAUUGGAGCCAUUACAGUGGUGAUUCUUUUAGGUAUCUCAGUAGCUGGAAUGGAAUGGGAAGCAAAAGCUCAGAUAGUUCUUUUGGUGAUUCUCCUUCUUGCCAUUGCUGAUUUCAUCAUAGGAACAUUUAUCCCAUUAGAGAGUAAGAAGCCCAAAGGUUUCUUUGGAUAUAAAUCUGAAAUAUUUAAUGAGAACUUUGGACCAGAUUUUCGAGAUGAAGAGACUUUCUUUUCUGUAUUUGCCAUCUUUUUUCCUGCUGCAACUGGUAUUCUAGCUGGAGCAAAUAUCUCAGGUGAUCUUGCAGAUCCUCAGUCAGCCAUUCCCAAAGGAACACUCUUAGCCAUAUUAAUCACUACAGUGGUUUACAUAGGAAUUGCUGUAUCUGUAGGCUCUUGUGUUGUUCGGGAUGCCACUGGGAAUGUUAAUGACACCAUUGUAACAGAGUUAACCAACUGUACUUCUGCAGCAUGCAAAUUAAACUUUGACUUUUCAUCUUGUGAAACCAGUCGUUGUUCCUAUGGUCUAAUGAACAACUUUCAGGUAAUGAGCAUGGUAUCAGGAUUUGCACCACUAAUUUCUGCAGGUAUCUUUUCAGCCACUCUUUCUUCAGCAUUAGCAUCUCUUGUGAGUGCUCCCAAAAUAUUUCAGGCUCUGUGUAAGGAUAAUAUCUACCCAGCAUUUCAGAUGUUUGCUAAAGGUUAUGGAAAAAAUAAUGAACCUCUUCGUGGUUACCUCUUAACAUUCCUAAUUGCACUUGGAUUCAUCUUAAUUGCUGAACUGAAUGUCAUUGCUCCAAUUAUCUCUAACUUCUUCCUUGCAUCAUAUGCAUUGAUCAAUUUUUCAGUAUUCCAUGCAUCACUUGCAAAAUCUCCAGGGUGGCGGCCUGCAUUCAAAUACUACAACAUGUGGAUAUCACUUCUUGGAGCAAUUCUUUGCUGCAUAGUAAUGUUUGUUAUUAACUGGUGGGCUGCAUUGCUAACAUACGUGAUAGUCCUUGGGCUGUAUAUUUAUGUUACAUACAAAAAACCAGAUGUAAAUUGGGGAUCCUCUACUCAGGCUCUGACUUACUUAAGUGCUCUGCAGCACUCAAUUCGUCUUUCUGGUGUAGAAGACCAUGUGAAAAACUUCAGGCCACAGUGUCUUGUCAUGACAGGCUGUCCAAACUCACGCCCAGCUUUACUUCAUCUUGUUCAUGAUUUCACAAAAAAUGUUGGUUUGAUGAUCUGUGGCCAUGUACACAUGGGCCCUCGAAGACAGGCCAUGAAAGAGAUGUCCAUUGAUCAAGCCAAAUACCAACGGUGGCUCAUUAAGAGCAAAAUGAAGGCUUUCUAUGCUCCAGUACAUGCAGAUGACUUGAGAGAAGGUGCACAGUACUUAAUGCAGGCUGCGGGUCUUGGUCGUAUGAAACCAAACACACUUGUCCUUGGAUUUAAGAAAGAUUGGUUACAAGCAGAUAUGAGAGAUGUGGAUAUGUAUAUAAACUUAUUUCAUGAUGCCUUUGACAUACAAUAUGGAGUAGUGGUUAUCCGCCUACAAGAAGGUCUAGACAUAUCUCAUCUUCAAGGACAAGAAGAAUUAUUGUCAUCACAAGAGAAAUCACCUGGCACCAAGGAUGUUGUACUAAAUGUGGACUACAGUAAAAAAUCAGAUUUAGAUACUUCUAAACCACCUGGAGAAAAAUCCAUUACACAUAAAGAUGAGGAAGAGGAUGGCAAGACUCCAACUCAACCACUGUUGAAAAAAGAAUCCAAAGGCCCUGCUGCACCUUUAAAUGUAGCUGACCAAAAGCUCCUUGAAGCUAGUACACAAUUUCAGAAAAAACAAGGAAAGAAUACUAUUGAUGUUUGGUGGCUAUUUGAUGAUGGAGGUUUAACAUUAUUGAUACCUUAUCUUCUGACAACCAAAAAAAAGUGGAAGGACUGUAAGAUCAGAGUGUUCAUUGGUGGAAAAAUAAACAGAAUAGAUCAUGACCGGAGAGCGAUGGCUACCUUGCUUAGCAAGUUCCGAAUCGACUUCUCUGAUAUCAUGGUCCUAGGAGAUAUCAAUACUAAGCCAAAGAAAGAAAAUAUUGUAGCUUUUGAUGAGAUGAUUGAGCCUUACAGACUUCAUGAAGACGAUAAAGAACAAGAUAUUGCAGACAAAAUGAAAGAAGAUGAGCCAUGGCGAAUAACAGAUAAUGAGCUUGAACUUUAUAAGACCAAGACAUACCGACAGAUCAGGUUAAAUGAAUUAUUGAAGGAACAUUCAAACACAGCUAAUAUUAUUGUCAUGAGUCUCCCAGUUGCACGAAAAGGAGCUGUGUCUAGUGCUCUCUACAUGGCGUGGUUAGAAGCUCUAUCUAAGGACCUGCCACCAAUCCUCCUAGUUCGAGGGAAUCAUCAGAGUGUCCUUACCUUCUAUUCUUAACUGCUCUACACAUGACUGCCCUCCAGAAUGGUACUUCAGUGCCUAGUGAAGUGACUGAAAUCUUCAUUGACACGCUAACAUCACAAUGGCGAACUGUGACUUUUCUCUCACUAUAUCGUUCACUUGAAAGCACACAGGAAAGUUGCUCCAUUGAUAUGUGUGUGGGGACUUCACUUGUAGUCAAUUCCAUAUCUCAAUCUUAAUGAAUGAUGAUUCUUGUUGGACUGAAGUUCAUGAGCGUAAAGUUUUCCUUUGCUACUUGAAUAGCAAUAAAAGUGUGUUAUUUUUUGAUUGAUGAAGAGUACAAAAAGCCUUUAGCCUUGAGGUGCCUUCUGAAAUUAACCAAAUUUCAUCCCUAUCUUUUAUAAAUUUAUAGACUGUCAAACUCUGUUUUUUAGAUACUUUAAGUUUUAGUCUCUUCCACCUUAAAACAAAAUGGACACUGCUUUUCAUCCUUCAUUGACCAAUUAGUGUUGAGUACUGUAUGUUUUCUUACUUUUGUAAAGUAUCUGUUAGAUAUUGACAGUGUGAAUUAGGGCAAGUUAAUGAAAAAAUUUUAAUAUAUCCAAAAAAGUGGACCCAAGGUUAGGUUUCUAUGAAUCUAUGAAAAUGUAGAGCUAGGAGAAAGAGGCCCAAAAGACCUGUAUUUGAAACUUAAGGUUGAAAAUUUACCUAAGUACUUCUGUAUUCUAUUCUGAAAAAAAAGUCACCUCAUUCUUGAAACAAAAAUCUUAAAGGUCAUUUGUCCUGUUCUAGAAUUUCCCUCAAAUCUGAGAGACUUCUAAGAAACAUUUUUCUGGAGGAAAUUUAGACAAAGCAAUGUCAUGUAGUAGAAUAUUUCAAGAACACUACAUGGGAUUUCACUCUACCAUCCUUUAUUAGUCAUUAAAAUGUUUAUCAAAUGGUUAAAUGGACCACUGGUUUCUUAGUGAAAUGUUUUCAGGCUUAAUUCAUUCAAUUGUCAAGUACACUUGGUCUUAAUACACUCAGGUUUGAACAGAUUAUUCUGAACAUUGAAAUUUAAACCAUUCUUAAUACUUUAAAACUUGUGUCAAGAAAAACUGCCAGUUUGUAUGUUUGAAAUGUCUGUUUUGACAUCAUAGUCUACUAGUCUACAGUUUGGGCAGUGCAUAAGUACUGUUAUUAAAAGCUUUAUAUUCAAUUAUUAAUGUGAAGUUUUUCAUUUUUUAUUCAAGGAAGGAUUUCCUAAAACAUUUCAAGGGAUUUAUAUUUACAUAUCUUUGUGUGUGCAUAUAUAUGCAUGAAUAUGCAUACACAGAUGCAUAUGUGUACAUAUAAUGAAAUUUCUGUUGCUGGUAUUUUACAUUUUACAGUGAUCAGGAUUCAUUAAAUUUUUCUGUUUUAGUUAAACAUGUUCAAAAUCUGAUCACAGAUUGUAGGUUUCACAGAGAACAAAGAUGAAGGACAUAGUGUUACUUUUCCCAAGGCUAUCAUUCAGUUACAAUGUGGAGAAUGUAUCAUGUAAAGUACUACACAGUGUGUUCAUCAGUAAGCUCCAAUGGUAGAGAACUUGGGUAGGGCUCAAGAAUCUUACUAGAAACCUAUAAAAUUGUUCCUAGUGGUGCAGUGUUUCUGCUGCAUGAGUAUGAACCACAUAUAAAUUGAAGAUCAGAUCAUUUAAAUUCAGAAUCUUCAUAAAAUGAAGUAAUUGAUUUUUAUACCAUUUUCCUACAUCAUAGCUAAGCAUUGUUCCAUUUAUUGCAGAUUUUGCAGUGUUUGGAGGAAAGGCAGUAGAUAUGUCAUAAUUUUCAUAAACACUGUUAUGUGUGAACUUUAUAAGUGGAUAUUAGGGCAUGGACUGAGAGCUGCUAUCUUGCAAUGUGCACAGGUACACUUACUUUUUAUUGUUUUACAUCUGUAUUACAAGAACCAAAUGUCAUGCAUCAUGUGUGUAUAAAGUACAUAAAAUAUAUCUAAACAUGCAUAAUGCAGGAGAAGGUAAUAUUGUCUGAAAUAAUGUGUUAAGUUUUUCACUUAUCAAAAUGCAUUAUUUUCACUUAAUACUACAUACCAGGUCAAAAAAUUUCCAAAUUGUAGUGCUCUAAAAAUUUCAGCAAUCAUUAGAGAUGCUAGCUAGUAUGAAGUUUUUUGCUUUAUUUAUGCUGAAUUUUGAUUAAUGCCAGAUUUUUAUAGUACUAAUUCUUGGUGAUAACUGGGAAGUAAGUAUGCCGUGGCAUGUGAGUUCAUUCUUAUAGGUAAAGAAUUCAGUGGGCUCAGAGGGAAUGUUGGUGUUGAGCUAAUUAUUAACAGUUAAUUAAAUCAAAUAUUUAUUUGUUACAUUGUUUCCUUUGUAUUUUAGGUUUCCUUUUACAUCCUUUUUUAUAUUGUUUUCUGACAUGACAUUUUUUUAAACUAUAGAAAUAAUUUAAAGAUAUGAGCUCUGGUGGAUGAGUAUCUACUAAGGUUGAAAACAAUAUUUUGAUAAUACUGUAUUAUAACUGUCACACAGAUGCUUUUCUAAUGUUUUAACCUUGAGUAUUGCAGUUGCGGCUUUGUACAGAGGUUACUGCAAUAAAGGAAGUGGAUUCAUUCAAA